CCAUUUCAACUUUUUAUUGCUUUUAUAAACAAUUUUUUCCAAUUUGGUCUAAUUAAAAUAUUGUUUUUCCUCAAAUAUCCUAAUAUUUAUAUUCAUAAUGGUGUGCCGUUUAUGUUUAAUAGAUGCCGAUGAUAAUAUUACAAUAUUUGGUGAAGAAAAAAUCCAGAAGUAUAUCGCCAAGUUUCUACAAUUAGAGCUAUCACCAGAAGAUCCAUUUUCAAAAGUGAUUUGUGCCCGAUGUUGGCAUCAAUUGGAUAAUUUUCAAAACUUUUGUCUGGAAGUAGAGCAAGCCCAAAGAACUCUUAAUGCUUCGAUUGUAGAUUCAAAACAAGAUUUACCAGCAACAACAGAAAAUUUUGAUCUGCUUAAAAAAGAUAUCGACGAUUCGGAUGAUGAUAACCGCGAUAAUGAUGAAUUAUUUUUUGGACUUGAUGAAGAAAUUAUCAAAGCAGUUGAGGUCAGUUGUGAAUUGACGGAAAUAAAAACACCAACAGAUCCCCCAGAAACAAAUGAAAAUGUUCCAAAUCGAAGACAAACUCGACAGUCAACCAUUCGAAAAUUGGAAACCACUGACAUUCCUGAAAUAGAGCCGGUCAAAAGAAAACGUGGCCGACCUAAAAAAGGAGAAGUUAAAGUUAAAACAGAAGAACCAACCGAAGAAGAAGAAAAAGAUGUAAAGACUGAGUUGAAUUCAACCACUGAAAAGGAUGAAUCAACUAAACAAGAAGAAGAAGAAGAGGAAGGCAAAGAUGACAAAACUGAAUUAAAUGAUCUAAGCACCGAAUCGAGUUCAAAGAAAAGACGAGGUCGACCCAAAAAAGGCGAAAAAGUUAUUCCAAAAAUUAAAGGACCGAAAACGGAAUCAAGCGCCAAAAUGAUGCAAACUGCCAGAGAAUUCGAUGAGAUCAUUCAGAAAAAUAUGAAUCUUUCAUGCAACAUUUGUUCGGUAAGGCUUAUUGAUUUUGCAGAACUGAAACGACAUUUCCGAGCUGUUCAUCAACGUCGAGGAUAUGCUGUUUGCUGCAAUAAGCGUCUAUUCAAACGAGGUCUGGUUGUGGACCACAUAAAUGUUCAUAAUAACCCAGAGUAUUUUAAGUGUGAAAAAUGUGGUAAGAUUCUGGCUGAUAGAAUGUGUCUGCGCAAUCACGAUCUGUUGUUCCAUCAAAAGGAAGAAUUGAAGACAUUUAAAUGUGCGUUUUGCCCCAAGAAAUAUGCCAAACAGUAUCUGCUGGAUCAGCAUAGUGUAAAACAUGUUUCACAGGAUGAAUGUACAUUCUUUUGUGCUGAAUGUGGAAAAGGUUUUCCCUCGAAUGCAACUCUUACCAAACAUGUUAAUCAAAUCCAUUCGACGAUAUAUGAUAAAAUGUGUGAAAUUUGCGCCAAGCUUAUUCGAGGAAAUGCCAAUUUCGAUCGUCACAUGGAAGAACAUGAGGGUAUUGUUCAGCCUCAAGUUCAAUGCCAAGAAUGCGGUUCAUGGUUAAAGGAUAAAAACAGCCUUCGAAAGCAUAUGUACAAACAUGAUGGUAAAACUUACACCUGUGACGUUUGUGGCAAAGUUUCUCAAACAAAGAGUUCCCUUCAAAGCCACAUGAGAUACGUACACGAAGCGUCGCGUACAUUUCAGUGCACAUUUUGUGAUAAAUCAUUUAAAAAGAGUGUUAUUUUAAAAGAACACAUGACACAGCAUACUGGGGAGGUACUUUACACAUGUCCACAUUGCCCGAAGACAUUUAACUCAAAAGCCAAUAUGCAUUCCCACCGAAAGAAGAAGCAUCGAGAGGAAUGGGAGGCGAAUAGGCGUUAUCCAAAAAAAGAAAUGAAAAACGAACUAUCGGCAGAAGAUCCUAUAUCUAAAGAAAUAUGCAAACUUUGUUGGCAGCAAUUGGAAGGUUUUGAAAAGUUCAGUAUUCGAAUAGAAGAAGCCCAAAAAACUCUUAGCCAAAAAGGACAAACAGUGGCUAUUUGUGAUAAAAACAGUAUUGAAAGUUUAAGUCACGUUAAAGAGGAAGGCCAAAAAUUGGAAGAUGAAUCAAGUGGGGAUGAUUCUUUCGAUAACGCUGAUAUUCUACCUUGUUUGGAACAUGACGAUAUUGUCAAAUUAGAAUUACACAAUGAAGAUGAAAAUAAAUUAGAACUAUUAAAGAAUAAUUCAUUUGAGGAAAAUGAAAAUCCUCCACGACGAAGAAUUACUCGACAAUCAACUUUAAAUAAAACCAAUUGUGAUAAUUUCUCGGACAAAAGAAGAAAACGAAAAACAGUUACUAAAGCUAAUGAAGAUGACAAGGUCAAAAAAACGGAAGAUGAAGAAGAGAUUAUUAAUAACACUGGGAUCAAUUGCAAUACAAAGACAAAAACGACUCUCCCGAGAAAAAGUGACGCUGUCGAUUCGAAGGAAAAAUCUCCCAAGUCCGAAAGAUUCCUUAAAGCUAUGCAAACUUCUAAGGAAUUCGAUGAAAUCAUUCGAAAGCACAUGAACUUAUCUUGUGAUAUUUGCUCAAUUCAACUUUCCGACUUUGCCGAAUUAAAACUCCAUUUUCGACUUGUUCACAAGCGCCGAGGAUAUGCGGUUUGUUGCAAUAAAAGGCUCAACAAACGUGGCCUAUUCGUCGACCAUAUCAACGUGCAUAAUAAUCCUGAAUAUUUUAAGUGCACAGAGUGCGGAAAAAUUCUAUCAGAUAGAAUUUGUCUGCAUAAACACAUUAUAUCAUUCCAUCAGACUGAAGAACUCAAAACAUUUCAAUGUGAUUAUUGCCCUAAGAAAUUUGCCAAGCAAUAUCUACUGGAUCAGCAUAGUGUUAAACAUGUUCCGGAAAAUGAAUUCACUUUCAUUUGCAGUGAAUGUAAAAAGGGGUUCCCAACAAAUGCAACUCUAAAAGCACAUUUGAAACAAGUCCACACAACAAUGUACGACAGGAUGUGUGAAAUUUGUGCCAAACUUAUCCGAGGGAAAGCAGCUUUUAAAAGACAUGUUGAAGAACAUGAGGGCAUUGUUCAUCCCCAAGUUCAAUGCACACAAUGUGGUGCCUGGUUAAAGGAUAAGAGAAAUCUAAGAAAACACGUUGUGACUCAACACUUAAACGAUGAUAAAAACUAUUCUUGUGAUGUAUGUGGCAAAAAAGCGCCCUCAAAAGGCGCACUUCAAAGCCACAUGAGAUAUGUUCAUCAGUUAUCGCGUAUUUUUAAAUGUACAUUUUGUGAAAAGUCAUUCAAAAAAACAGAUCAUCUGAAAGAACAUAUGGCAACUCACACUGGAGAAGUACUCUAUACAUGCCCUUACUGUCCAACAACGUUUAAUUCCAGGUGUAAUAUGUAUGCCCAUCGAAAGAAGAAGCAUCGAGAAGAAUGGGAAGCUAACAGGGCUCUUUCCAAAAAACAACAGAAUACGACACAAACUAAAAAAGAACAGGAUUAAAUACAUCUCAAAGUAUUAAAACUCAACUAUAAGUGGCAUAAGCUUGUAUAACCAUGCCUAUGUAAAUGAAGAACCAAACGUUUUCAUUUGGUCACAACAAUUCUUUAAGUUUGUUUGAAAUUUGGCAACCUUGGAACUUAUUUUCGUAGCGUUGAAAGUGGCGGAAAACCGUGAAAACAAAAGGUAGUUUUCUUUCGAUUUUUGAGUAUUUCUUAUUGUUGGGUUUUCUAUUACUUGAACUUUUAUAAUUUGUAUCCCUGGACUAAAAUAACUUACCACUGUUAGUACAUAACUUUAAAUAAAAUGUAGUGCAAUUCAAAUAAUUUAGUUUUCUAAUUAAUCUUGAAU